UCAUGCUGCUGCCAGGUCCAGAGUGUGUCAUGGGUCCCUGUACGGCCUCCCAUUGCUGCUGUCUCCAUCGCCACACUCUGCCAUGUGCCACUUUCAGGUCUCCUCACACUGCUGGUGGGUUCCAUUUUGUCAUAGGGUGCUGGCAGAUUACGGGCCUCCCAUUGCUGCUGCCAGGCCCGUAAUCUGCCAUGGGCCCCCGUACCGCCUCCUCAUGCUGCUGCCAGGUCCAGAGUGUCUCAUGGGUCCCUGUACGGCCUCCCAUUGCUGCUGUCUCCAUCGCCACACUCUGCCAUGUGCCACUUUCAGGUCUCCUCACACUGCUGGUGGGUUCCAUUUU